AUGGAGGUGAGUCUACCGAAUGCCGUCUACCUUAUCAUGGUCUUACCGCGGGGCAAUGAGGCAGCAGUGGUGGAUAGAGGGGGGUGGGUGCGGCGGUGGAGGGCAUGGCGCCCGGUCGCAGACGUCCAAGAAAUUCAUUUCGUCGGAGCUAAGGGACUGCGCUGCAUCGGCGCUUACGGAACUGGUCAGAGUGGAGACAAAAUCGCCAAAGACGUGAAUGACAUUGGGUGGAUUACUCAGAGGACUGUGAUUGGAGGGAAUGAUCUCAAGUGGUCAGGGGGUCCCGAUGGGCCGAAGAGGGCAUUUGACAGUAAAGGCACCUUGUUCCCCUGUUGUCUUUGUCAGCCACUCAGGCCACCCAAGAGGCAGCCGUUGGCAGUCACCACCUCAUUGCGGCAGCGGACUCGGAGCAACACAGAAUUGACCCCCCGUGCCCCCCUCAGUCUCAAUUUGUUCCAGCACAUUCCCGCGGAACCGUCUCCACCUCCACUCGAGACGAGGCGAAGCGAAGCGAACCAGCGACAGACAGCGCCCGGGUCGUGCGACAAUCCCGACACUCCUGACCUCCUGUAUUCGUACUUCGUUCACUACCUAGGUACCUACACUAUCUUACAGCGUACUCCUCCCAAGUUACGCCUGGACUGA